GGGAGAGGGGCCCGAGACGAGGCGCGGGACGGGCCUCGAAGGAGGCACAGUUUCGACGGCCGAGGGUUUCGGAAGGUGCGCCGUCGCUCUUAGCUGGGCCGUACCGAGACGGGGCGAAACGGUCGCUGAAUCAUCAAGUUGUCUGGUGCUGCGACGAGACGACGGAAGAGUGCAUAUUUGGUUAUUACUGUACAUAGAGCAAUGUUAUUCUUGAUGGUACUUGCCUGUCCUUUUCCUACAAGUGCUGCAUCAUGUAUUCCGCGCAGCAGAGAGAGAGAGCUGGUGAUGGAAUCACUCUCGGUAGGUGUACCCUCUCCGUACACAAAAACGGGAGAAGACACGCUGCCCCGGGGAGUCGGUGGAGGCGCUGCUUGAUAGGACGGCCGGUGAUGGAAGGGAAAGGCGAGGCGAAGCAAUCCCAAUCCCUCCCUCUGGGAAGCCUACCCGGUGGAUGCGAGACCGCCACCGAACCACCAGAAGCCAGACAGCUUAGCCAGCUGCAGUGGCAUCUUAUAAGUGAAUCGAAAAGAAGAAUAGCCGUGUCUCGCGUUGUUGCGGCCUCUUGCCGCCGACUGGGUUCUCCUGCUAUGUCUGGUCGACGGACCGCGCGAGUGUUUCUCCAUCCGAAGAAUCUGCUCGUCAACCACCACACUCAUGAAGAGCACCUGCGAGAGGUCUCCCGUGGCAGCCUCAGCAGGCGGGUGCAUGAAUAAUGGCCGCCGCUGGACUUGCUCGAUAGCUACUAGCCAACUUCAACGUAUCGGGCUGCGGCGAUGCUCCCGAGAGAGCGUUCCAAGGUUCUUUUUUAGCCCCAAGCCAUAUCUGCAUCUGCAUCUCCCCGUGCUGUGGUGAUCCCCAACUUAAUAAUAA